CGCGCGCGUGUGUAUUCGUGCCUGUGUGUGUGUGUGUGUGUGUCUGCGUGCGCAUGGCCGCAUGCGCAUGUGUGUGGCCCUGUGUUUGUAUGUAAGCAAUCCAGGGAGGAGCCAGAACACAGCAUUAGAGAAAAGAGGAUGGCGGAGCUGAAAUCCCGCAGCCGGGAGAGCGUGAACAAGGUGACGGAGGAGAAGAUGGAGGGCCCGGCAGACGAGGGCAGUGUGGUGGAGGAGCAGCCCAUGGCAGAGUCUCCCAAAGAGAACGGCCCCGCCCCCAAAAACAAGAUCGAGCUGAAGAGGAGCAUCACGCUCUUCAACGGCGUGGGCAUGAUCAUCGGCACCAUCAUCGGCUCGGGCAUCUUCGUGUCGCCCACGGGCGUGGUGAAGGAGGUGGGCUCGGUGGGCCUGUCGCUGAUCGUCUGGGCCGUGUGCGGCAUCGUGUCCACCAUGGGCGCCCUGUGCUACGCCGAGCUGGGCACCACCAUCACCAAGUCGGGCGGCGACUACACCUACAUCCUGGAGGUGUAUGGCGAGCUGGCGGCGUUCCUCAAGCUGUGGGUGGAGAUGCUGAUCAUCCGCCCGUCCUCCCAAUACGUGGUGUCCCUGGUGUUCGCCACAUACCUGCUCAAGCCAGUCUACCCGGUCUGCCCUGUUCCGGAGUACCCGGCCAAGAUGAUUGCUUGCCUCUGCCUAACUUCGCUGACCUUUGUGAAUUGCAUCAGUGUCAGAGCGGCAACCAAAGUCCAGGAUGUCUUCACAGCGUCGAAGCUCCUCGCGCUCAUCAUCAUCAUUUUCUUUGGCUUUGUUCAGAUAGCAACAGGUGAUGUCUCUUACCUGACUCCAAAGCUGGCGUUUGAGGGCAGCAAAAUGGGAGUGGACAACAUAGUGCUGGCCCUGUACAGCGGCUUGUUUGCCUACGGUGGAUGGAAUUAUCUGAACUACGUCACGGAGGAAAUGAUCAAUCCAGAGAGGAACCUACCGCUGUCAAUCAUCAUCAGCAUGCCCAUCGUAACUGUGGUGUACGUGCUGACCAAUAUGGCGUACCUCACCACCAUCCCUCCACAGGUCAUGGUGGAGUCUGAAGCGGUCGCUGUGGCUUUCGGGGAGUACCAUCUGGGUGUGAUGUCCUGGAUCAUUCCCGUCUUUGUGGGGCUGUCCUGUUUUGGUGCAGUGAAUGGCAGUUUGUUCACAUCAGCCAGGCUGUUUUAUGCGGGUGCUCGUGAGGGACAGCUGCCUGCCGCACUUGGAUUGGUUCACACCGACCUCUUCACUCCAGUGCCCUCCCUCAUCUUCACCUGCUGCCUGUCCAUGUUCUACGCGCUGUCUAAGGACAUCUUCUCCGUCAUCAACCUCUUCAGUUUCUUCACGUGGCUGUGCGUCGGCAUGGCGAUCGCUGGCAUGCUGUGGCUGCGCUGGACCAAACCUGACCUCCGCAGGCCCAUCAAGAUCCCACUGGUGGUGCCGUUGGCGUUUGUGAUCGGCUGCGCCUUCAUGGUGGUGGUGUCCUUCUGGGCCGCCCCCUUCGAGUGCUUGGUAGGCUCGGGCAUCAUCCUCUCCGGGAUCCCCUUCUACCUGCUGGGCUACAAGUGGGAGAAGCCUCGCACGGUGCAGAAGGUCCUUGAAAUCUUCACCCUGUUCUGCCAGAAGGUUUUCUUGGCCGUUCCAGAGGAGCGGGAUACGAAAGAGUGAUCCGAUCAGAGCUCGGGACGGGUGAUCGACAAGACUCUGCGCUCUUGCCAUCGUUUGUCAUAUUUGUGUUGAAGUCAAAGAGAAGUGGCAUUGUGUUUUGUCUCUGUGGUUUCAGGUAAAUCUGUUCAUUUCUUUUGUCCUCCUCCUCCUACUUUUCUCACGUAACGAAGACAUCCAGUAUUUCAGUCACACCACCACAACUCGAUCAGUAGACACACAAGAUAAACUCUGCUGUGGUUCGGAGUCUCUACGGUUGGUCAUGUUUAUCAGAGCUCAGCGUGACUGAUGCUCAGUUUCGAGUUGCAGCUCAGCCUAAAUCAGUGUCCGCCCCUUUAACCCCCAAGCUGCACAAACGAACCCCACAUUGGAGCCCGGUCGCCCAGGUCUAUUCAGGCCCCAGCACCCGUAGAGAUGUGGUGUCUGCAUAGAGCUACUGUAAAUGUAGACACAUUUGCAUUCACAGCCGAAUGCCAGCGCAGCACUUCUCUGUAGACUAUUAUGUCUCUAAGCAUAAAUGUUUCUUUUGCACCAGAGUAUAUUCUUGGCUGGUAGGUUGAGCAUUGAGCAGUGAUUGCUCUGGGCAUGCCUGGUGUGUAUGCGUGUGUGUGUGUGUGUGGGGGGAGGGGUUAAACCUUA